AUGGCAAUUGUGUGUGCAGUGAAAUGCUGCUCUGCAGCAAGAAAACUGAAAGGAAUUAGCUUCAACAUUUUUGCUCUUUUUGUUAUCUGGGUGGAAGAAACAAUCAGGAUGGCUUCUACAAAUAAAAUAAAUUCUGCAGUGAGAAUUCAAAAUAUAUUUUGCCCUGAAGGUGAAGUCUGCAAGCACGGAUUCCUCGUCAAAUCACCACCUCACCAACUUUUCAGCUCACAGAAUUCCUGGAAAAGGCGUCUGUUUGUCCUGUCCAAGUCCAGCACAGGGAAUUACAUCCUGAAGUAUCUAAAAGGCCAACACAUAAAAGGCUCCAUUGCUGUUGAUCAAAUCAUAAGUAUUCAAGUUGGCAUAAGUAAUGCUGAAAUUAUGGAAACGGUGAGGAAGAUGUUUAAAUGCCUUCCUGAGCAGGUGAUGUCCAUCAGCACGGGAAACAGAUGUUACUACCUCAUUGGAGAGAGCAGGCAGGAAAUAGACGACUGGGUCACUCUGGUAUCUUCAGUCUGCAGGGAGGACAAAAGUGGAUGCUGCCCUCAGAACCAAGAUCUUCCAAAUGCAGAAGUCAGAAGCCGGACUUCCUCUUUGCCACUAUUCUUGAAUUCCACAGAUAUGGCCAGCCUUCCAGACAGGCCAAGCUACCAGAAGGAGAAUGGUUCCUCAGAAGACAAGAACAGGCCUUAUUCAGAUCCUGGUCCCCAUCAGGCUCAGUGUGACUCACCAAGAGGAGUUUUUCCAAGCCUGCAGGAGAAAAUUCUGGGAAGCAGUGAGGAAAACCUGCUGUUGUCAGAUCCAGAGGAAAACAUGAAAAAGGAUGAAGAAGAUUAUUACCAAACUCCCAGCAAUAUUUUAGCUAAGUGCACUACUGAAGUACCAAAGCCUGACCCUACAGCUGAGUCUGAUGUCCCUGUGCAAGAGAAGCCAGUGCAGAAGAGCCCAGUAAAGGAGAACAUUUAUAUGUCAAUGAAAUCACUUAAGCUGCUGGAUGAGAAUUGCCAGCUCACGUGCAGACGUGAUGGGCUCCCAUCCCCUCCCGAAUGCCAGAACAACAGUGCAUGUCCAAGAGACUUAGAAGCAGACAAAGACACAAAAUUCCCAGAAAGCAGCACCAGCCUGCAGCCGACCAUCCAGAGGAGGCAAAACUCAUUACCCCUCUCAGUGGUUCACCUGUCUAUACUGCUCAGUCAAGUUACAGAUGAGAUGCAGCUGCAGAAGUUGGAUAUUUUCGUACCCCUGGCUGAUAUCAACAAUUACCUAAAAUUUACUGAAGCAGCAGGACGAAUAUGCAUCUCACAGUGGGCUGGUCCCCGCAGGCUGGGGUGUUUGUUUAACCACGGGGACCACGUGGUGGCUGUGAAUGAUCUGCAGCCCCAGGGUGUGGAGGAGGCUUACUUCUUCAUCAGCAGGUCCACGAGAAAGGAGGUGAAACUUACUGUAUGUAGGAUUCCACAUUCAGAUACCUUCCAUGCUAAAGGCUGCUCAUGUUCCUGA